ACCGCCGCUCUCGCCAUGCGGGCGCUGCUGCUCCCCGCGCUCCUGCUCCCGGCGCUGGCCGCGGUGCGCGGCGCCGCCACGGCUCUGGGUGAUGUGGACCAGGUCCGGAUGACCUCGGAGGGCUCCGACUGCCGCUGCAAGUGCAUCCUGCGGCCGCUCAGCAAGGACGCCUGCAGCCGCGUCAGGAGCGGCAGUGCACGCGUGGAGGAUUUCUACACCGUGGAGACGGUGAGCUCGGGGGCUGACUGCAAGUGCUCCUGCACCGCGCCCCCCUCCUCGCUCAACCCCUGUGAGAAUGAGUGGAAGAUGGAGAAGCUGAAGAAACAGGCCCCUGAGCUCUUCAAGCUGCAGUCCAUGGUGGACCUGCUGGAGGGAACGCUGUACAGCAUGGACCUGCUGAAGGUGCACUCCUACAUCAGCAAGGUGGUGGCACAGAUGAACACGCUGGAGGAGACCAUCAAGACCAACCUGAGCAGGGAGAACGACUUCAUGAAGGAGAGCGUGCAGCACCUCACCGACCAGAUGAAACGCUACGAGAACUACUCGGACAUCAUGAUGAGCAUCAAGAAGGAGAUCUCCAACCUGGGCUACCAGCUGCUGCAGAAGGAUGCGGCUGCCAUCCCCGAGAGCAAGGCACAGGACACGACAGGUGGCCGAGAGAAGGAGGCAGGGCGGUUCCCCAGCACCCGCAAGGCACUGGGGGACAGGGCAGGCCCCCGAGCGCCCAAGGAGAAGCCGCUGAAGCCCGAAAAGCCCAAAAAGGAGAACCCCAAGGCCAGGGCGGGGUCGCAGCCCACGGCCAAGCCCAAGCCCCCGGCGCAGCAGCAGACUGUGGUCCGAGGCAUCACGUACUACAAGGUCGGGCAGGUGGGAGCGGCGGAGGCUCCGGCCGGUGGCCGCGAGGGCCCUGCGAGAGGGGCGGCUGUGUCAGAGCAGCAGGAGGAGAGGGGCCCCCCGCCCGCCCCAGCUGAGGGCACCCCAGCCCAAGCCGUUGCACAGACCGAGACCACCGUGCCCAGCACCACGGCUGCGCCCAGCACCGCCCCGGCCCCCCGCAGCACCGCCCGCAGCCCCCCCGGCCCUGCCCCCGGGCAGGGGGCUGACAGCACCGGGGACCCCGAAACACCAAACAGAGUCAGGGAGGCGGAGUGCGAAGGCACGAUCGAGUCCGUGGAGCCCCCCAGGGAGCACCACAGCUACGGGCGCAAUGAGGGGGCCUGGAUGAAGGACCCGGCCGCCAAGGAUGACCGCAUCUACGUCACCAAUUACUACUACGGGAACAGCCUGGUGGAGUUCAGGAGCCUCGACAACUUCAAGCAGGGCCGCUGGAGCAACCUCUAUAAGCUGCCCUACAACUGGAUCGGCACCGGGCACGUGGUGUACAGAGGGGCCUUCUACUACAACCGUGCCUUCACCAAGAACAUCAUCAAGUACGACCUGAAGGAGCGCUACGUGGCCGGCUGGGCGCAGCUCCACGACGUGGUGUAUGAGGACACGACGCCCUGGAAGUGGAGGGGCCACUCGGACAUCGACUUCGCUGUGGAUGAGAGUGGGCUUUGGGUCAUCUACCCCGCGGUGGACUAUGACUACUCACAGCAGGAGGUGAUCGUCCUCAGCCGACUUGACCCCGUGGACCUCUCGGUGCGCAAGGAAACCACUUGGAAGACGGGUCUGAAGCGCAACACCUACGGGAACUGCUUCAUCAUCUGUGGCAUCCUCUACGCCGUGGACACCUACAGCCAAAAGGAAGGGCAGAUCUCCUACGCCUUCGACACGCACACAGACACAGAGGCAGAGCUCCGACUGCCCUUCCUCAACCACUACUCCUUCACCACGCAGGUCGACUACAACCCCAAGGAGAAGGUGCUCUACGCCUGGGACAACGGCCAUCAGAUGACGUACGGGCUCCGCUUCGUGGUCUGAGUGCCCGGGCGGGUCCCACUGCACUCCCGCUCCCGCCCUGCACUGUGCCUGGCUGGGGCACCCCGACGCAGCCUGGCCCUGGCGCCCCAACUCCAGCCAGGGCCGUGGCAAGAGCCCGGCUUCCACCCCAAAACCUUCCCCACGUGGUAUGGCCAUCACCUGCACCGUGCCCACUGUACUGCAGGGCAGGGAGAGCAGCCCCCAGCAGACGCCCCUGUGACAAUGUGGCCCCGGGGCCGUGGCAUCGGCCAGCAUCGCCUUCCCAGGGACACAGAGAGGAGCCCAGCCCGCAUCGCUCUGCCACUGCUGGCACCGCCCGUCCCGCAGCGGCGCACCGAGCGCCUCCUGCACUGCUCCCAGCCCAGCCACGCUCCCCGCACCCACCGGGACCGCGAGUGCCUUCACUGCCAGCGGUGCCUGCGCCGAGCCCCGUGGGGCGGGCGGGCCCCUCACCGCCGGGCGCCAGCAACAGGUGCCAGUCGCUAUUUUAGGAAAUGUGGUUAAGAUGCCUUUGCUUUUGCUGAUCAUGAGUUUGUUAUUUAAAUGUGUUCACUGGAGCCGUGCAAGGCCCCUUUGGCAGCAGGCAUAGAGGAGCCUGCCUGGGGUGUCCUGCCCACACACCCACCUGCCCUCACACCUGCCCUCACACCUGCCCUCACAUCUGCCCUCACACCUGCCCUCACAUCUGUCCUCACACCUGCCCUCACACCUGCCCUCACAUCUGCCCUCACAUCUGCCCUCACACCUGCCCUCACACCUGCCCUCACAUCUGCCCUCACACCUGCCCUCACAUCUGCCCUCACAUCUGCCCUCACAUCUGCCCUCACACCUGCCCUCACAUCUGUCCUCACAUCUGCCCUCACACCUGCCCUCACACCUGCCCGCACCCAGCACUGGACGGGGCAGCCCUCGGGCCUCUCACCCUCCGUGUGAGGCAGAGCACGGGGCUGCGAGCGCUUGGCUUGGUUUUGGUCAUUUUAGACAUGAACAGUAUUAAAACAUAACAGAUGUGACAGUGGGCUGCGUGUGUUGUCACUUGUCCUGAAGCUGAGCAGGGAGCAGUGGGCAGGGUGAGUGCUCACCAUCCCCAUCCUUCACUGUCUCUGUCCAUCCUUACCCACUGACCCGACCUCCAGGGCCAGGAGCGCCCAGGGCUCGCUGUCACAGCUGUGGCACACCUUGCAGCCACAUCUGCCCACCCCCGGCCCGGGGCGGGCACCGCAG